UUAUAGCAUCAUUUCCCUGUUUAUACAUUAUUUUAUACAUUAGUUUUCUACACUGACGUUUAUAAUAAGUACUGAUUUGGCUUCAUCUACUGAUCCAUCUAUCCUCUCAUCUGACCCUUUGACCUCUGACCCCUGACACUGCAGCUCAUCACCCUUAAAACCCCUCUGAUGGCUGUCUACCUGCUCUCUACAAUCUUUCUACAAUCCUACGCUCCCUUAUCAGCACUGCCAGCUGCGUUGCACUCACCAUGUAAUCUGGAAUGUUGCGGAUUAUGCAGACCUUUCCCACCCCUUCGCUAUCUUUCUCUCUCUGUUUCUCUCCUCAUCCCUCCAUCCCUCCCUAUUUUUUACCGUGCCAGUCACUUGCAGUAGAACAAGUGCGAUUAGAGUCCUUCACAAGGCAAAGCGAGGACGUGAGAGAACAUGGAAAAAGAAAGAAGGGGGAAGAAAAAACAGACAACAGAUGCAAGGUCCGAGAGCAUCAGGAUUAGAGUGCUCAGAAAACCCCAAAUGCUUUUUCUGGAUGAAGGAAUUGUUUUGAUUGCUCCCCAAAGCAUGCCGUGACUGUUUUCGGUGGUCUUAGCAUCACUACCCUUCACCUCUUGUUUAAGCAACUCCGCCCCCUCUUGGGAUAUUCCGGCAACAGGGAUCGCGUGUCGCAAAGUUUAUGUAAUAAUCUGAGGACAGGAAUCAAGAGUGAGUGAUAAAGAGGGAGGGGGAGGGACGGAGGGAGGGACAGAGAUGACAAGAAAGAGUGGGAGCAGUGAGAACUAGAGAAAUACAAAUGAUGGGAGCGAAGCCAUCUAAAAGAAGCAGCAUGAAGAAGGGGGUCCCGCCCCUGGAAGGCAGUGGUCUGCCAUUGGCAUCCGCCAUGUUAGGAGGCAGCGGUGAUGCGGCAGCUGAGGAUGAGGAUGAUGAAGAGUUGGGCCAGCAGUUUGAGGAGCCGAUAUGUGCUCUGGUUCAGAACUGUACCAUGCUACACAACAUCGUGGGCCCAGCCUGCAUCUUUCUCCGACAAAGCUUCGCUCAGGCUCAACUCGACAGAGAUCUACGGCCAGAGGAAAUUGAAGAGUUAAAAGAAGCCUUCAGAGAAUUUGACAAAGACAAGGACGGCUUCAUUAGCUGUAAGGAUCUGGGGGAGUGCAUGAGGACGAUGGGCUACAUGCCCACAGAAAUGGAGCUGAUUGAACUCAGUCAGCAGAUCUGUGGUGGUAGAGUGGACUUCGAGGACUUUGUAGACCUGAUGGGUCCAAAGAUGCUGGCUGAGACAGCAGACAUGAUCGGAGUGAAAGAACUGAGAGAUGCUUUUAGAGAGUUUGACUCCGACGGUGAUGGUCAGAUCAGUCUGGCCGAACUGAGGGAAGCCAUGAAGAAGCUGAUGGGAGAGCAGCUCAACCACAGAGAGAUUGAUGAGAUCCUCAGGGAUGUUGACCUCAAUGGAGACGGGCAGGUUGACUUUGAAGAGUUUGUCCGAAUGAUGUCUCGCUAACUUAGAAGACCCAUGAAAAAGGGAGAGAACAACCAGCACGUCAACUCCUAAUGUGAAGAGUGAAAUACUAUGAGUCUGUUUAAAUUAACUACCUUAUGUAAUUAUUUAAACCUG